UGUUGACCCUCUUUCGCUGUAUUCGCGAAUUCAGACCGCCCAUUUCACCGUUAUUAGACCUCCCUUCGUCACCUCUGCUGAAAAUCAUUUUGUGCGACAACUCAGUAGAUCUCUGCUCUUUAUUAUUUGGAUUUUUUAAUUGACUAUGGCACUCAGGCUGGCCACCAGGAAGUUCAGGAGUAAACUUCUUCCUGCUAUGUUUUUGACCUCUCCUCUACAUUCACAUGCCACAAGCUUUGGGUUUAAGGAAGUACGGGAAGAAGAAAAAAGUAAAAUGGUUGGUAACGUCUUCAGCAGUGUAGCUAAGAACUACGAUCUCAUGAAUGAUUUGAUGAGUGCUGGUUUACAUAGAUUAUGGAAGGACAGAUUGGUUUCCAAACUAAAUCCAUUUCCUGGAAUGCAUCAUCUUGAUGUGGCUGGUGGAACAGGGGAUGUUGCUUUCAGGAUCCUAGAAAAUGUAAACUCUGUCAAGCGUAGAGCAAUGCAAGAUCUUAGUAAUAGUUUACAGGAGGAAACUCAAAUAUACGUGUGUGACAUCAACCCGAACAUGCUGAACGUUGGAAGGAAGCGUGCCAUGGAGAGAGGUCUUGGUGAAGAGAAAUCCCUCAUAUGGGUGGCGGGAGAUGCAGAAGCCUUAAAUUUUGAAGAUGAGUCCAUGGAUGGUUAUACUAUUGCAUUUGGAAUUAGGAAUGUCACACACAUAGAGAAGGUUCUUGCUGAGGCUUAUAGGGUGUUAAAGCAUGGAGGAAGGUUCCUUUGCCUUGAGCUCAGCCAUGUGGAAUUACCUGUCUUCAAGGAAUUGUAUGAUUAUUAUUCUUUCUCAGUUAUUCCUGCUAUGGGAGAAUUAGUUGCAGGUGAUCGGGAAUCCUAUCAAUACUUGGUUGAGAGCAUCCGCCGGUUUCCCCCUCAGGAGAAGUUUGCUUCGAUGAUUGCAGAUGCAGGGUUUCAGAAGGUUGAGUACGAAAAUCUUGUCGGGGGAGUUGUUGCUAUUCAUUCGGGACUGAAAUUUUAGACCCUAUUUCUAAUAAAAGCUCCUCAAGAACAUACCGAGUUCUGGGACUAAGCUAGCUUUUAGUCCUGUGCAUUUUCUUAUGUUAUUUAUGCUUUGGAUUCUAAUUUUCUUCUUAUAGGGCUGACAAUCAAAAAGGCAUAUGUAUAUGUUUAUAGAAUACAGUAUUAUUUAUUUAUUAUAGAAUAAUAAUUGGAUACAUUGUAGUUACCCUAUGAGCAUUAUUGUAUUACU